GCGUCCCUCGACGCACAGCACGGUGGAACGAGAAAAGAAGAGAAACGGAAGCAUGCUCUUCUGUCGAUGAGUCCUUUCUCUUCUCGUGCUGAGGCACGUUUCCACCACAAAAAAAUUGUUACUGGUGACUCACGUGCGGGUUCACGACCCUUGCACGUGUCUCGCUCCGUCGAAAACGCCACAUUCGCUUGUCAUCUUGUCCUUAGAAGAGCACCGUCCACUAAUUUUCAUCUCAAUAUCCCCUCCGUAGCAGGAAAAAAAAAAAAAAAAAAAAAAACAGAAGGUAAAAUAGUGGAGAACGAGAAGAGACGGGGAAUCAAGAUAGACGAGAAGCCAUCUCUCUCUCUCUUUCCCCUCUAUUGUGGGUGUGUUUUAGGUGUCUGUCUCUGCAAGAAGACGAAGAAGAAAGAGAUGGAGAACGUGAAGGGGCUCCUCAAAAUCCGGGUGAAGCGGGGCAUCAACCUCGUCGUCCGUGACUCCCUUAGCAGCGAUCCGUACGUCGUCGUCUCCAUGGCUGAUCAGAAAUUGAAGACUCGGGUGGUGAAAAACAAUUGCAAUCCAGAAUGGAACGAUGAGCUGACUCUUUCCAUAACAGACCCCAGCAUUCCAAUCUGUCUAACUGUUUACGACAAGGACACGUUCACCGUGGAUGACAAAAUGGGAGAGGCCAAGAUCGACAUCAAGCCGUACUUAGAUGCUAUAGAGAUGCGCCUGCAGAAUCUGCCGACCCCCACCACGAUCGCCAGAGUCCAGCCUUCAAAGACCAACUGCCUGGCGGACGAGAGCUGCAUCGUGUGGAAAGAUGGCAAGAUCUACCAGGACAUGAUGCUCCGGCUGGCUAAUGUCGAGACUGGCGAGGUGGAGGUCCAGCUGGAGUGGAUCGACCUUUCUGGCGGCUCUCGACAUAUGUGAGUUCUUCGAGGGAUUGCAAGCGAAGACAGCGCAUGUUGUCAUUGUCUAUGGAAUAAGAUUUACAUGUGGGUCGUCGUCCUUCUGUUGCUGUAAUGACCUGCCUUGGAAUCUAAAUUACUGAGUUCAGCAGACGAAUCAAAGGAUUGAUUUGUCCUCUCGUCGUGUGAUGAUUUCGGUGGAAUGAAUACGCUUUUGCUUGCAGAUUU